CCUGGACAAAUGUCAAAUUGCUAUUCUCUGGCAAAUCAGAAAUACAAAAAAAAAUCACCCUCCGAAAAACUUGCUCAUGUUCAAUUUCAAUGUUCACUGCUCUAGCUCUUCUUCAUCCAUCCGAUUCCGAUGUAGGUAAUUCCUCUUAGUUGGAAGUUGAGUUGUUUUGUGUGGUUCUCGUUACUCGUAUCUCGUGUAUCUUGUGUAGUGUGUUGAAAUCAAAACCUAUCGCAAACCACCGUCGACCGGUGCUCUGCUAAAAAUUAUUGGAAUUGGAAUUUAUUUUGCUUUUUCACUAAAAAGAAAACCAUAAGUUUAACCACUGCGCAAGUUUAACAAAAAAAAAUCCCAAAGACUUCAAUUGAAUGUGAGUUACUUUACUAUACGUCGACGAUAUCGCUUCGCUUCUGGUGAAACUUUGAAAACUCUCGACUCGAGGAGAAAUAAAACAGGUCAUCAACGUCAUUGGUGGUGAACGUGAAGGUAGUCUGGUUUUUCAGCAAAGUUAAAAUAAUUUAAAUAUUGCCGCCCCACACAAUCAUCAAUUAAUAAUUCAUCGUCAUUGAUUGACGAGGGACUACAACGACUUCUUCCUUUCCUAUUAACAUUUUAUUAAUUUGUGUUCACGAAAAAAGAAAAUAAAGUUCAAAUAUAAAAUAUAAAAAUGAUUACAUCAAUCUACCCCUAGAAAUUGUCAUUUGUCUGUUUUUUUUAUUAUUCCAUCAUCCACCUCUUCCAGCCUCACCCCUCACCCUUUAUACUUUAUAGUGGUUGUGCAAAAAUAAAAAUCGAAAACUUUUCUCGCUCGAUAUACCAACCUAAAUUUGAUUUUGUCGUUUUCGUUGUCGAGCAUAAACAAGUGCAAUAAAUUUCUUUUGUUUUUUUUAAAAAGAAAACAAUAAAACAAAGAAUUUUCUAACGUUUUUUGUUGUUGUUUUAAGAGAAAAACCGUGUAUGUACCUAUAAAUAAGUAUCAGAAAACAUUUCGAUUAUAAAACAAAGUAUUCCGCAAAAUAGAAGAAAAAUAUAUUCUUCAAAGCUAAAACAAAUUAGAAGCAAACGAAAGAAACCGGAAAAUCAUGUUUAGCCAUCACAAUCGCAACUAGAAGGUGAUUGAUUAUUUUAAUUCGCAGAGAAUUCUCGUGGUUUGUGCUUUUGAUACCUAUUUUGGAUCCCUAAUUCCUUCUUCGAGAACAAAAAUCUAUACCUAUUUGGGUUUGAAUAAUUGUUAUUAUGAACCAAAGUGAAUUUCGUCAGGAGGAACAAAACUCUCAGCAACAAACAUCCGCAGCAGCAGCAGCUCCAGCAGCGCCCCCAACAACUGGAACAACAUUAUCUUCGAGCAGCAUGCUCUCGACUAGUACUCCCAUUCGCAUUGGUGGUUCAUCUUCAGGCGGGGAACCAUCAUCCCCAGGAGCCAGUGGUGGUAGUGGUGGUGGUGCUAAUUCGAAUGCCAAUGUUAUGGCAAGUAGUGUUCCUGCGGCAACCGGAAGCGGUUUGCAAAGUCAACAUCAGAGUUUGCAUCAAAGUGUGUCCAGUUCGUAUGUUGGAUCAGCAACGGCUGGAAGUCAAUCAGUUGGAGUUGGUGGAACACCACCUAGCAGCGCUGGCGGAAGACAUUCAGCAGUUUUGACAUUUCACUGGAGUCCAAAUAUAAAUAAUAUCUCCGACGAGAAAAUACUUCGACGAACAUCAAUGCAAGUUCUUUUGCCAAAACGUCCUUCAACUGACAGUUUAAGCAACAGUCCAGGUCCUUCAUCGCCAGGCAUCGCCAAUUGGGGAGACAGCAGCUCAAAAUUUGAUGGCAGUUCGACAGAUAAACAACAACCAACUGAUACGUCGAAGCUCAAUCGCAAGGAGUCAUAUAAAGCACAGAGGAAGAACUAUCGCCGUGAGAAGAAACGGGUUGCAUCUGAAUUAUUGAAUUCACUGCAAGAUCCAGCUGUCAUUGUUCUCGCGGAUUGGUUGAAGGUCCGCGGAACACUUAAAUCAUGGACAAAAUUAUGGUGUGUUUUGAAGCCGGGUCUGCUUCUUCUCUACAAGAGUCCAAAGGUAAAAAGCAGCCAUUGGGUAGGAACAAUAUUGCUUAAUUCGUGUCAAGUCAUCGAACGACCCAGCAAAAAGGAUGGUUUCUGUUUCAAAUUAUUCCAUCCACUUGAGCAAUCCAUAUGGGCACCAAGAGGACCAGACAAGGAGACUAUAGGUGCAGUCGUCCAACCUUUACCAACUGCUUACCUAAUAUUUCGAGCUCCCAGCCAGGCUGCUGGUAAAUGUUGGAUGGAUGCCCUAGAGCUCUCCCUGCGCUGUUCGGCAUUGUUAUUACGUUCGAACAGUAACUCAGGUGGUGGACCAAAUGCGACCACUGAUGGAAAUGUAUCAGCACAGAGUUCUCAUGAGACUCAGUGGUCUGAAGCAGAUUAUGAGAAGCAUUUCAAUGAUCAAGAUCUUGACGCUGACAGCCAAAACGAAGGAGCUGCAGCUGUUAUGUCGGGCCCAGAUUCUGAAUCUGAUUCUGAUCUUGGUGAAGGUCCUGACCAGAUUAGUGACGAUCCACCAGAAACGCCAUAUGUUCCAUGCCCAGAAGAAGAGUUUGGAGAUGCUGGAGAACAAGUCGAGGAACUUGCAGAAGAACACAAGAGUCUUAUUUGGUUUCUAAUGAAGCAAGUCCGUCCUGGAAUGGAUUUGAGCAAAGUAGUUUUGCCAACUUUUAUCCUAGAACCAAGAUCUUUUCUAGACAAACUUGCUGAUUCUUACUAUCAUGCUGAUAUACUUUCAGAAGCUGUUCUUGAAGAUGAUCCUUUUACACGAAUGAAAAAAGUCGUUCAAUGGUAUUUGUCGGGCUUCUAUAAGAAACCAAAGGGCCUUAAGAAACCCUACAAUCCGAUUAUAGGAGAAACUUUUCGUUGUUAUUGGCAACAUCCGAAUGGUAGCCGGACUUAUUACAUUGCCGAACAGGUAUCACAUCAUCCACCGGUAUCAGCGUUAUAUGUUACCAAUCGUCAAGAUGGUUUUUGCAUUACAUGUAGCAUAUUAGCUAAAUCCAAGUUCUAUGGUAAUAGUACUUCGGCAAUGCUUGAGGGAGUUGCCACUUUGACACUCUUGCCACGUGGUGAAAGUUAUACGUUAACAACACCGUAUGCCCACUGCAAGGGUAUCCUUAUGGGAACUCUGUCAAUGGAAUUGGGUGGAAAGAUUUGCAUUGAAUGCGAGAAUACUGGCUAUAAGACCGAAAUCGAAUUCAAACUGAAACCAUUUUUGGGUGGAUCAGAGUAUACGAAUUUGGUCACUGGAAAGGUUAAAUUGGGUAAAGAGACUUUGGCAAACAUUAACGGUCAUUGGGAUACGGAAAUUCGUAUUAAAGAUUCAAGAUCAUCGGACGAAACAAUUUUGUUUAGUGCAACACCAGAGACAAAACAAAAACGACUAAUGCGAUAUUGUGUCCCUAUUGACGCACAAGAACCUAUGGAAUCUGAACGGUUAUGGCAAUUAGUAUCGGCUGCCAUUCGGCGUGACGAUCAAGUAGCUGCUACUGAAGAAAAAACUGUGCUAGAAGAAAUGCAACGAAAUGCCGCUAAAGAGAGGAAAGCAUUGUGCACAGAAUGGAUACCAACGCAUUUCCAACAGGAUUUAAUAACUGGACAGUGGAUCUACAAGUACGCCGAUCUUCGCCCAUGGGAUCCACGUAACGAUGUUAAACAAUAUGAAUCAGAGUAUCAGGUUUUAACAAAAACCUGUCAUAAGGCACCAAUGGUUCGUACCGGUAGCAUUGUAAGCUCUGAUCCAUUGCAUGUUAUUCGCGCUGAAUCUAGACAAUCGCUAUGUGCUUUAAAACCAUCCAAACGAAACGCUAUACUUGCAAGCAAAUCAAUCACUCAACUAUCACACGAUCGAAUGAAUAUCCAUUCAGAUUCUAGUCAAUCAAAUGAGGAAUGUGUUAAGAAAGUUAUGACUGGCAAAUCUAUUAAAAACAUUUUGAGUUCAGUUGAACAAGUUAAUAAAACUCUACAAGAACACUCGAGCCAAUUGAAAAUGAUACAAUCCACAUUGGAACGUGUACAAUAUGCACCAGUACAACGUCCUUCAUCACUUAUGUCUAGCUCAAUAUCACAAUCAACGGUAAUUAAGUGCCUGGUGUUUUUGUUUGUUGGGAUCGCAGUUAGUGUUUUUUUCAAAUGGUUAUUUAAGUAGAUGUAAAAUUUUAAAUUAGAAUAUUUUAUGUGUCUGUAGAUUCUUUCUAAAAAUUAAUAGAAAAACAAACAAACCAAAAUUGGCUUCUUCCAAAAUAGUGCAUCAUUUCAGAUUUGUUAGUUUUCUAUAUAAAUAAUCAUACAUUAUGUAUUUAUACAGGGUGAUUCAGUACUCGUAUAUAGUAUCACUAUUAUGCUUUUUUAAUUUUUAUAUCUACCUAUCAGAAAAAAUGAAGCAAAACAUUUGUAAACAAAAAUAUUUAUCAAGCUUGUAAUGAUUGAUGAAGGCUUUAAAAAUAUAAACAGAAUUUAGACGUAAGAAGCAACUAGUCAAGAUUAUUUUUGUCAUUGCCUAUUUGUUCCUUAUUGGGUCGUAAUAUAAGGACCAAGUUUUGCCUCACUUUUUAACUUUUUGAAAAAGAAUGUGAUUCAAAUUGGAAGUGAACCUAAAAUCAUAACAGAAAAAAGAUAAAGUUUGUCAUCAAUUUCGUUUAAAUAAAAUUUAUAUUUUUAUCUUGGCUUAUGACUUCCAUGUCACUCUAAUUCAUUAACACAGCGUGAUAAUGUCCUAAAAACUUAGUAUUCAUCAAAGAUUGAAGGAAAAACUUGUUUCGUUGAUGGUCGCCAGAGUUUGAAUUACUUAAAGACACUCCGCAAUAAGAGAAUUCAAAAAUAUUGACUGUAACAUCCGGGGAGCACAUAAUUGCUAGCUGUUUAAUCUUUCAUUACAGCUAGCACUUAUGUUUUAUAGUCUAGUAGUUUCCCGGUGUAUUUGUUGGAAUGUUUCUUCAUGCUUUGGCAUCAUUUGCGAGUUUUUCCAAUGCAUUGAUAUUUUUAAGAUAUUGAUAAGAGUAUUUACUGUAAUAGUGUCCUGAAAUGCAAAUAAAAUUUCUGUCAAGUGAAGCAAAAACAAAAACUAAAAUCAUAAAUAAAAAUGCUUUAUUAAAUCCAAAACAUAAAAAUAAUAUAUAUAUAUUAUUAUAAAUAAUUAUUAUCACGUUUCCUUAUACAUACUAAAUACAUAUAUAUAUACAUUAAAUGUUGUUUAAAAUACAAAAAUUGAAAAAUAAAUAAAGCGAGUACCUCUCUCUAUUUGUCCCAAGCUUUACAUUUAAUAUUAAUAUAUUAAAACGUUAUAAAUUAUAAUACAAUAUAAAAACGCGUAUAAAAAAAUAAUUUAGAAAUUUUUACUUGUCUCGAUUUUCAAUCAAUUUUUUUUCAAUUUUAUGUAAUUUUAAAUAAUAUGGUUAUUUAAUAAUAUUAAAUUAUAAUGAACAAAAUAUUCUUAUAGCUAGGUAAAAUAUUAAUGCUGCUAUUUAAUGUUAAUAAACAAAAAUUGAAUAAGAAAAAGAAUUUAAAAAAAAUAUAAAUAGAAACACCAAUGAAUGAAUUGUCGAGAAAGAAAGGAACAUUGAUGAGGUUUAAUUAUUGUAAUCAUGUCUGUAUAUCGGUGAUAUUAAUAAAUCGACAUUUUGUGCAAAGUU